UCUGUCAAGAGCAAAAAGUUGGUAAACAAACAUCCUGUAGGAAAUCAUAAAUUUUCAGCUUGAUGCGAUAAGUAUGCAAACUGGAGCGUAAAAUAAAGCAAAACUUCUCGCACGAUGUCCGACGAUAAAGCUAUCCCAAAGACGGAUUAUAAGCUUGAGGCCGAUUCCGAGCUACGGUUUGAAAUAGAGAACAAAAACGAAAAAGUCGCCGUUGUGCUGCUCAAUGGACAAGCGGAACUUUUCGGCACGGAAUUGGUCGUGAAAAAACCGUACGAAUUCUUUACUGGCGCAAAGGUAGCCAUUUUCACCUACCAUGGUUGUACGAUCGAGCUACGGGGUAAGCCAGAUGUGGCGUACGUUGCCAAAGAAACACCCAUGGUCAUGUACUUGAAUGCGAACUCGGCCCUAGAACAUCUGCGGAACAAAGCCGAACAAGAGGAUGCACAGGGUCCAAUCGCAAUGGUAGUGGGCCCGACCGACGUAGGAAAGACCACACUAUGCCGCAUAUUCCUAAACUAUGCGGUGCGCCUCGGGAGGCGUCCAAUAUUCGUAGACUUAGAUGUGGGCCAGGGAGGGAUUGCUAUACCCGGUACUAUAGGCGCUUUACUCGUCGAGCGUCCGGCACCGGUAGCGGAAGGUUUCUCUCAACAGGCCCCACUUGUGUACCAUUACGGGCACAGCUCUCCGUCCUCAAACAGUACGUUCUAUGAUGUGCUCAUUUCGAAAUUGGCUGAAACAACGUUGGAACGCUUGCAGGCAAACAAAAGGGCGAAAUCGUCCGGUAUGAUAAUCAACACCUGCGGAUGGGUUAAAAAGUCCGGCUACUCUCAUAUACUGCACACCGUUAAAGCGUUCGAAGUGAGCGCCAUAUUUGUGCUGGAUCAGGAACGUCUGUACAACGAAUUACUGCGGGAUACAAAGGAAACCGUACAGGUGAUAUUUCUGCCGAAAAGUGGCGGAGUUGUCGAACGUACCAAAUCGCAACGCACCGAGGCUAGAGAUCAGCGUAUUAGGGAGUACUUUUACGGCUCGAAAAUGCCAUUCUUCCCACACAGCUUUGAUGUAAAGUUUUCGGAUAUAAAAAUAUUUAAAGUCGGAUCACCACCGUUGCCAGAUUCGUGCUUACCGCUGGGAAUGAAAGCGGAAGACAACUAUACUAAGCUAGUCGCCGUCAUGCCUGGGCCUCAAUUGUUGCACCACAUACUGGCAGUUAGUUUUGCGGAGAGCACCGAAGAGAACGUGAUACAGACGAACGUGGCCGGUUUUAUCUGCGUUACCAAUGUCAACAUGGAGAAACAAGUUCUAACGGUGUUGUCCCCACAACCGCGACCAUUGCCCCAAACUAUACUGCUCGUUUCCGAUCUUCAAUUCAUGGACAGUCAUUAAGGAGCAUUGUAUGUAUUUUAAGCGGACAAAUAAAGCACACAGGUUCACAUGUUCA